GUCACAGGUAUUUUUGUCUUUUAAUCAGCCAAUUCUGGUUAGGCUUGAGAUGCUAAAUACGGGGAUCCGAUUUAGAUCAACUCGGUCGAAGCGUCCGAACGGGCGCCCGGACCACAUUCGACCCGCAAUGCCGAGGCGUAGAAGUGUAACAGCACUAAGUAGCGUCUGAGUGAAGGUCCGCGAUUCAGAGUGUCUGCUGAUGUCGUCGAAUAUAUUGCCUCGUACCUCACUACCACCACCCUCCUCUUCCCUCCUUUUUCAAACUCAUCCAUUUGUCAGACUAAUUGCACGACAUUCGACGAGAUGGACGGACCGACGGCUGCAAUCCUGAAGCUUCUGGUCCCUCGCAUACCAUUCAUCUUCAAGACUAUAGCUGCACACUCGCUAUGGAUGUCGGACACGUCCUCGUUGUGGAACUUGCGAAGUGAGCUUACGAUAAAGAUCCUCCGUGACAUCCUCCUCAAUGGCCCUCCUACCACCAUCACGAAGCAGCAGAAGGGAGCAAUGAAAGACCCUGGAAUCAAAGGAAAUAUGUGGGUGUCCAAGGUCACAAUGCCCGCGCCACUCGAAGACGAUGCGCGCCAGCUUCUUUUUCAGAUCAUCGAGGAGUUGAAGGAAGGUGAAAUCACAUACAAACAACCGCCUCCACAGCCUCUCGAAGCAGAAUGGACCGGCUACAGAGCAAACGCAAAGCCUAACGCCCCCGAACUCCCCAUCAGCGAGGCGGAAAAGUACGAUCGCAUGAUGGAAGAAACGACUAGUCCAACGACUCUCCUCUAUUUGCACGGCGGUGCACACUACCUCAUGGACCCAUGUCUCUAUCGUGACUUUGCCAGCAGAAUGGGGAAGUCUACCGGUGGCCGCGUCUUCAACGUCCGCUAUCGCCUUGCGCCUCAGAACCCCUUUCCUGCUGCUGUCCUCGACGCACUCAUGGCCUAUCUCGCUCUCCUAUACCCGCCUCCCGGCUCCCACCACAAGCCCGUCCGCGCGCAAGACAUUGUGUUCGCCGGCGACUCCGCCGGUGGCAAUCUCGCUGUCGUCCUCCUCAUCGUCGUCACGCACCUUCACCAGAACUCCCCGUCCACGUGCCCGACCGUCGUCUUCAACGGCCAGACAGUCGAUGUCCCCCUCCCCGCCGGCUGUGCCGUACGCUCGCCCUGGCUCGACAUGAGUCGCAGCAUGCCCUCAAUCAUGGGCAACCUUGCCAUCGACUACCUCCCGCCGCCCGACAAGGAGCGUUCACAGACAGAGGCCACGCCGCCGUGUUCCGUGUGGCCUGCUGACCCGCCGCGCGUGACGCUGUACUGUGAAGGCAACGCCUUGCUGCACCCACUCACAUCGCCGCUCGCACAGAAGUCGUGGGCACAUGCGCCGCCGAUGUAUUUCUCCCUUGGCGAGGAGAUGAUGCUCGAUGAAGCGCUGGUUGUGGCACAGCGUGCGGCACGGCAGGGUGCGGUUGUGGACGUCGACUUCUUCGCGAAGAUGCCGCAUGUGUUCAGCAUGCUUCUAGACAGUCUGCCUGCGAGCGACGUGUGUCUGGACAAAUACGCGGCGUUCUGCAAGAAUGUGGUGGAGCGGCCGGCGGAGGUGGUGAGCAAGGCACGUUCGAUUGCGCCGAAGACGUUGGCGGAGACGGAGAUGGAUGUGAAGGCGCUGGCGCCGGCGGAGCUGACGGACGAGAAAGUGCGGGAGUUGAUGUUGGGUGGGCAGAAGUACCAGUUUGAGCGGUUUGAGGAGGAGACAAAGAAGAAAGAGAUGAUGAAGAAUAAGGGAGGUGCGAAGCUAUAGAGGCUGAUAUAGGUGUAGAGAUCGGUGUAUCAUUAUGGUUAGACUUGGAUAGGAGUGGAUUAUUUCAUUUGAAUGAGCACAUGAGCAGAAUCGAUAGAUAGUCAUGAAUACACGACGUAAACGUAGAAUUGACACCUAUGUGGAACACAAAAAGCAAGUACUAGGCAAUGUGAGUUCAAUCUUAGUCGCAACAUUGUACAGUUUGCAAUCCAUCAGUGUAUCUGGUGCAUAUAAAAAUACGCGAUCCACUCCCAGGAUCAAGAAACC